UCCCUCGCCGGCAUCCAGCAUGUCAGCCGUGGUCUUGGAGACCCGAGGCUUGGGCAGAAAACUCUCCGACUUUGGACAGGAAACAAGCUACAUUGAAGAAAACUCCAAUCAGAAUGGUGCCAUAUCCCUGAUCUUCUCUCUCAAAGAAGAAGUUGGUGCCCUGGCCAAAGUCUUGCGCUUAUUUGAGGAGAAUGACAUCAACUUGACCCAUAUCGAAUCCAGACCUUCCCGCUUAAGGAAAGACGAGUAUGAAUUUUUCACCUACCUGGAUAAACGCAGCUUGCCCACGCUCACAAAUAUCAUCAAGAUCUUGAGGCAUGAGAUUGGUGCCACUGUCCAUGAGCUUUCCAGAGAUAAGCAGAAAGAUACAGUGCCCUGGUUCCCGAGAACCAUCCAGGAACUGGACAGAUUUGCCAAUCAGAUCCUCAGCUACGGAGCGGAGCUGGAUGCUGACCACCCUGGAUUUACAGAUCCUGUCUACCGUGCCAGACGGAAGCAGUUUGCUGACAUUGCCUACAACUACCGACAUGGGCAGCCCAUCCCACGAGUGGAGUACACGGAAGAAGAGAAGAAGACUUGGGGCACAGUGUUCAGGACCCUGAAGUCCUUGUACAAGACCCACGCUUGCUAUGAACAUAAUCACAUCUUCCCGCUUCUGGAAAAGUACUGUGGCUUCCGCGAGGACAAUAUUCCCCAGCUGGAAGAGGUUUCCCAGUUUCUGCAGUCUUGCACUGGUUUCCGCCUCCGACCCGUGGCUGGUCUUCUUUCCUCUCGGGACUUCUUGGGUGGCCUGGCCUUCCGAGUCUUCCACUGCACCCAGUACAUCAGACAUGGGUCCAAGCCCAUGUAUACACCUGAACCUGACAUCUGCCAUGAGCUGUUGGGACAUGUGCCUUUGUUUUCAGACCGCAGCUUUGCCCAGUUUUCCCAGGAGAUUGGCCUCGCCUCUCUCGGUGCACCUGAUGAUUAUGUCGAGAAACUCGCCACGAUUUACUGGUUCACUGUGGAGUUCGGGCUCUGCAAACAAGGAGACUCUAUAAAGGCAUAUGGCGCUGGGCUCCUGUCAUCCUUUGGUGAAUUACAGUACUGCUUGACCGACAAACCGAAGCUCCUCCCCCUGGAGCUGGAGAAGACUGCUGUGCAGGAAUACACCAUCACGGAGUUCCAGCCUCUGUACUACGUGGCUGAGAGUUUUAAUGAUGCCAAGGAGAAAGUGAGAAACUUUGCUGCUACAAUCCCACGGCCCUUCUCCGUGCAUUAUGACCCAUAUACCCAGCGGAUCGAGGUCCUGGACAACACCCAGCAGCUGAAGAUUCUGGCUGAUUCCAUCAACAGUGAAGUUGAAAUCCUUUGCAGUGCCCUCCAGAAAAUAAAGUAGUCACAGAA